AUGGCGGAUCCUCUCAGCAUCACGGGAUCCGUGGUAGGCAUCACUGCAGCCGGCGUACGAGUCUCCGUGAAGCUGUACGCCCUCGCCGAAAAGGUUGCGACAGCGAGCCAAAGAGUUACAAGUAUCGCGGACGACAUCAGCAGCACUUGCGCAAUCCUCAACCAGGUGCGAGAACUCAUCAUACCGCAGCCUGAUGCGCAAGGCACGCUGAAAUCUGUCUUCAACUCCGUCGCUCUCAUCGACAUCUCGCGCGCUCUUCGCCACUGCAGGUCUUCCUUCACAGAAACAGAGACUCUUCUGCGUCGCGCGUUCGAGCAGGUGGGAAAACGGCCCGCCCUGCAUUCAAAGAUUGAGCUCUCUCCGUUCGAAAAGGCAAAAUGGCCGUUUCUGCAGCCACAAUUCGAUGAAGUGCGCAACGAUCUUCGAGAUGCGAAGAGCAACCUUGUUCUGAUGAUUGCUGUGGCUAGUCUUGCUCUUGCGCAGAGGGACGGACGACAACGACCGAUCCAUGAGACGGAGAGACUGGAACUCGGGUCUACGAUUGUGCAGCUGCAACGGGCGAGCACGGUCAAGACAAGAAGAACCUACGACAUCCACCCCAUCAUUCGAGGCGACGGCAGUAGCCCAGUGCCAUGA